AUGACCAAGUUCUUGGCUGGAAGGAAUGAACCGAAACCCACCAAGGUUCAGAGAAAAGAGCCGAAUGGUUUGAAGUUACGGUCAAACAACACCUCGAAGAAAAGUCUACAAGUAUGCAGAAACAAAAUACCGAUUCAAAUUGGAGCAGAGAAACUAAUGAAAUGUGCAAAGGAACUUGUGAAAUCUCAUCCAGAUUUGAGUAUCGAGCAAGCACUCGCCAUCGAAAAGCAACGUCAAAAUGAUAGGAAGAGACGAGCUGAGGAAAUGGUGGUUGAUCCGUAUAAGAGUUGUCGCAUUGAAGAAGAGUUCGAGAUCUACAUGAAAGAAGCCGACAGUUAUAAGGAUGAGGAAAUGAAGGAGAAUGGGAAAAUCGUGGAAUAUGAAAUAAAGGAAAUUGUGGAAGAUGUGGAAGGAAUGAUAAUCGAAGACAAAGAGAAUUUUUAG